AUGUUGCAGCAGUUUGAUCGGAUCCGUAUCGACAAUGAGCUUGCCACUAUCAAGUUUAUAGGGGCUCUUCCUGCUUGGGGCCCGACAACUACGGCUUUUGGAAUAGAAUGGGACAGACCCGAAAGAGGCAAGAACAAUGGAGAAUUGAAUGGAAUUUCCUAUUUCAAGACAGAUAUUACAGGAGCAGGCUCGUUUAUAAAGUCGUCGAAUAAGAAAAUCGAAUUGAACAGACAGACUUUUGUCCAGCAGCUUCUUUCCAAUUAUGCAGUGGAUUCGUAUACUGACCAGAGACUCCAUUUUGGAUCCAAGAGAGUCGAAGAGUAUGGCUUAGAUAAGCUUAACAAGAUCCAUGCUAACUUCCUCAACUUGACGUCAGUGACUUUGGAUCAUAAAUUGAUAUACAUGGGCUACGAUGAUGACGAAAAAGAUAUUGUUGAUAUCUUUUCUAAACUUGCAAACUUGGCAUAUUUGGAUCUCGGCUUUAAUUUGAUCAAUGAUUUAUCGAUUGUUUGGGGUAUUAUAGACAGAAUACCGCUGCUAACGAAGCUUAUUCUCAACGGAAAUCGUUUCUUUGAUCUUUCUAAAUCGGUAAUUAUUCCACAUAACUUACAGAGUCUACAUCUUUCGUCUACAAAUAUCAAUGCUUCUCAAAUUGCUGAAGGUGUAACAGCUAAAUUUCCAAAUCUCCAAGAGCUUUAUUUGUCUGGGAACAAUUACCAGGACGAAGAUGUAGCAAAUUUAUGUCUUGAAGAUACCUACUUGGAUGUCUUGGACUUGUCACUCAAUGCUAUCAGUGUUAUUCCAACGAAUUUGAAGCAUAUACGAAGCUUAAUACUCUCAGACAAUCUUAUAAGAGCUAUUUCUCCAGAUUGCAAAAUGGAGGAACUCAAAUCGAUUGACUUAAGACGAAAUCAAAUUCAGUCUUUAGAUUUUAUUGACACGCUUUACUUGAACCUUCCUCGCAUCUCUGAGUUGAGGAUCAACAAUAAUCCCGUAUUCGAGAAAAUGGGUGUAGAAGAAAUGACUAUACAGUUGAUAGCAAGAUUUGAAUGUGACGAUCACAAGAGAAGUUCCACCAAGUUAUUCAAAUUAAACGGAAGUUUACUUAAUGAAGAUGAGAUCAGCAAUGCUGAAUUAUACUUUAUCUCGAAAGUGAAACAAAAUGAAGUAAGUUUCAAGAACGAGAAAAGGUGGAAGAAACUUGUAGCCAAACAUGACAUUGCAGAACAUUUCACUGAUUCUCCAAAAAGCAAAAGAACUACACUUCUGAUGAUAGGCACUCUGCGACUAUUACUUCAAGACAAGAUUAUUAUUUCGAGAUAUUUCCUAAAUACUUUUACUGUGUUGCGAUUGAAGGGUUUGAUAUCAAAGCAAUUGAAUAAUAUCUCAGUCCGAAAAUUGCGACUUCACUACUAUGUAAACGAAUUUGAUAAAGAUUCAACGUUGAAGGUCAAGUUCGACAUCGACGACGACAUUUCCAUUCUCGAUAAUUUUGGUUUUCAUGAAAACCAGACCAUUUACACUACCAUAGAGCCAUAG